AUGGGCGGAAGCAAGGGCAAAACGCACCAGCGCCGUGCUCGACCUGGGAGACCAGCCUCAGCCGAGCGGGAGUCCGGGUCCGCCAGCGCCGACUGCGCCCCAAGCAGAGACCGCAGGCCUGACUGCGGCAAAGCCCGCAAGACCAAGCCCGCUACGGAGUCUGAGGCCCCCGCAGGCAAAGAGACCGCCGGAGGCCGCAGAAAGCCCACCGAAGAGGGGAACCACCGCUGCAGAAGUGCAGAAAUUGGGACAUCUCAGGAGACCCAGGAGAGGCAGAGCAGCUCGCAGCGUCUGGGACACGGACCCACGGAGAGCCGCGAGUCCGAGAACAGUUGUGGGGAGCACCGGGAGGAACAGAGAAUCCCUGGGGAAGAAGAGAGGACAGUCAAGCGCGGCCGCCGCAAGAGAGGAAAGGAUCGGGGACCUUCGACUCGUCGAGGCCAUGGAAAGACGCCUGGCAGGGAUGGGGACGCGUCGAGCGGAGAUGGUGGCAGCUCGUGCUUGGACAGUGAAGCCCGCGAAGCCCAGGACAGCAGCAGCCAGGGCGGUGGAGCCCCGGAGCAGCCACCCAAGAUGGAGCCUUCCGAUACCAGCUCAGAAGGCGCCCCAACCAUAGGACCCAGGUUAACUCUGGUGCAGGGCAAAUGCCCUGGCAGCAACCAUCCAGGCAGCGAAGGACACACCUUGGACUUCCAGAGCAGGGAAGGGUCGUCCGGGACAGGGUCUCAGAGAGCGAGUGACGAUUCCCGGACAGAUACAGACUCGAGCCCCGGGUCUGCUGGGCACAGAUGUCUCCCACAAAAGAUCCCUGAGUCCCAGGAGACAGACCUGGGCAGGGAAGCUGCAGCCUCCAGCGUCCCCAGGGGCUCUCAGAGUCCUCGGGACUCUAGCGCGACCGUAGACACCAGUGACGUCGGGGCACAGCCGGGCCCUGAACCUGAGACGGUGGAGGAGGCUCCGGGGGCUCAGCGCCUCCACGUCGGAGAGGUGGCGAGGAAGGUGCAGGUCGUUGUGGGCGAGAGUGACGCGGGAGCCAGAAAGCGAGUGGGUGCAGGGGACCCAGGACCCCAGGACCGGACGCCGCUGGCCGCGCUCGUAGUGCUCCGCAGGCUGCGCCCGAGGCCCCCAGCCCUCGGGUCUCCUCAGCUCACCAGUGGCGUCCCCGUGGGUCUCAAGGCGCGGCUGCAGCGCGUGGCGCGGGCCCUGGGCUUUCUGCGCUGGCUGCGACUGCGGGUGGAGCGACGUCGAGCCGAGGCGCGCAGCGCGAGCCCGCGGGAGCGCGAGUCGCGCGGCCGCGAGAGGGCGCUCGAGGCGCGGGGCGGGGCGUCCCGGCCCAGGCGCUGGCUGGCGCUACGCCUGGCCUGUCGCCUGGUGGGGCUCCGGGGAACGCCGCGGGCUCCCCCUGGCGGUGGUCCGAGCCCUCCACAGGCUGUGAGUAGCUCAGUCUCUGAAGAUGCUUCAGCCAUCGAGGAUCCAGCUCCAGAUCCCAAAUUCGCCGUGGUCUUCCCCCGGAUCCAUAAUGUGGGGAAGGAGUCGGGCAGCAGCAGUUCAGGAGCAUCCACGGACGCCCCCACUGGAGAAGGCCGCGUUUCGUCUCCUGCUGGGGCUGCCGAGGAUAGGGAGGAACAAGAGGCUAAUGGAGAAGGAGUGGUCAGGUCCUGUCAGGCUCCCUGCUUUUUCCCGUCUGCCCCCUGUGGGACCUCACCGGACGAGAACCGUAGCGAAGCAGAGCCAGAGACCUUGGAAUCUAAGACUGGGCUGCACUGGGCACAGGAUUCUAAUCCCUGCGAAGACCCUGAGCUGGACGCUGAUACUCUGCUGCCUCAGCUCACCCUGGAGACUCGCCUGCGGCAGAAUAGCCCCUGCAGGUCACCAAGGGAGCGGUGGGAGCCAGAAGAUGACGCUGAGGCAGCGCUGGAAAGGGACCUGGAGUUGAGCCUCCAGAGAGACCUGGAGAUGCCACCCUUUCUGGGAACUCAGAUCAGGAGUCUCCCAGAGGGCCUGGAAGACAUUGAGGACCUCGCCAGGCUGCGGCUGGUGUGUGACAGCUCUGUGCUGCUAUGCCUCAAGAAGAGGUUCCACCUGGGCCGCAUCUAUACUUUUGGGGGACCCCUCCUGCUUGCUCUGAACCCCCACCAGCCCCUGCCUCUCUUCUCAUCAGAAGUCUCGGCCAGCUACCAUCCCAGGAAAGCCCCAAACACCACACCACACAUCUUUGCCAUCGGGGUAGCAGCCUAUAACCUGUCUCAGAGCUCUGGACAGGACUCCUGCAUCCUCCUGGGUGGGCCAGUCCUGUGUGCUUCCUCCCAUCCCUUAGCCCCUCCCUCCUGCAGGGGCCACAGUGGCUCAGGGAAGACUGAGUCUGCCAAGAAGAUUUUGAAAUUUCUAAGCAGCAUAGAGCAGAAGCCGAUAGAGGCCAGCGGGGCUCAGCUGGAGGACAUAUUGCCCGUGCUCAGCAGCUUUGGACAUGCCAAGACCAUCCUGAAUGCCAACGCCAGCCGCUUCGGCCAGGAGACACACCUCUGCUUGCAGCAGGGGGUAAUUGUAGGAGCCUCUAUGUCCCACUACCUGCUUGAGACCUCCAGAGUAGUGUUUCAGGGCCGAGCCUGCAGGCUCCAGGGCAAGGAAGAUGCCCAGGACUUCAAGGAGCUGGUAAAGGCCCUGCGGGUGCUGGGGUUGUGCACAGAGGAGCUGACUGCAGUCUGGGCUGUGCUGGCCACCAUCCUGCAUCUGGGCAACAUCUGCUUCUCUUCUUCAGAGCGGGAGUCCCAGGAGGUGGCUGCUGUGUCCAGCUGGGCCGAAAUCCACCUGGCAGCCCGGCUGCUACAGGUGCACCCAGAACACCUAGAGGGGGCAGUCACCAAGAGGGUCACGGACACACCCUACGGCCUUGUCUCCAGACCUCUGCCAGUGGAAGGUGCCAUUGAUGCCAGGGAUGCCCUAGCCAAGACCCUGUACGUGAGGCUCUUCACCUGGCUUCUGAAGCAGAUCAAUGUGCGGCUGUCCCCACCGAGGGAGGCAGACGGUGUGACCACCAUUGCUGUUGUGGACGUCUUCGGCUUUGAGGCACUGCGGGUGAAUGGCUUAGAGCAGCUGUGCAGCAAUCUGGCCAGCGAGCGCCUGCAGUUCUUCUCCAGCCAGAGGCUGCUGGCCCAGGAGGAGGAGGUGUGCCAGCGGGAGCUGCUGAAAUGGGUGCCCAUUCCCCAGCCGCCAAGGGAAUCCUGCCUGGAUCUCCUGGUGGACCAGCCCCAUAGCCUCCUAAGCAUCUUGGACACCCAGACCUGGCUACCCCAGGCCACGGACCACACCUUCCUCCAGAAGUGCCACUAUCACCAUGGCGACCACCCGAGCUAUGCCAAGCCUCAGCUGCCCCUGCCGAUCUUCUCGGUGCGGCACUAUGCAGGGACCGUCACCUACCAGGUGCACAAGUUCAUAAACAGAAACAGGGACAGCCUGGACCCCGCCGUGCUGGAGAUGCUCAGGCAGAGCCAGCUGCAGCUCAUGGGCAGUCUGUUCCAAGAAGCAGAGCCCCAGGCUGGGACCGAGCAAAGCAAACCCACAUUGGCCUCUCGAUUCCAGCGGUCCCUGGGUGACUUGCUAGCUAGGCUAGGCAGGAGCCAUGUCUAUGUUAUCCACUGUCUCAACCCCAGCCCUGGAAAGCUCCCAGGCCUCCUGGAUGUGGAACACGUGGCAGAGCAGCUGCGUCAGGCUGGCGUCCUGGAGAUCAUAGGCACCCGAAGUACCCACUUCCCCGUACGAGUGCCCUUCCAAGUCUUUCUGGCAAGGUUCCGUGCUCUAGGGUCGGGGAAACAGAAAGCUGUCUCUGACCGGGAGAGGUGUGGUGCCAUCCUCAGGGAAGUCCUGGGGGCAGAGUCACCACGCUAUCAUCUUGGAGCCACUCAGGUUCUACUGCAGGAGCAGGGCUGGCAGCAGCUAGAACAGUUGUGGGCUCAGCGGCGCUCACAGGCCCUGCUCACUCUGCACCGUGGCCUCCGAGCCUGUAUCACCCGUCAGCGGCUCCGUCUCCUACCCCGGAUGCAGGCUCGUGUGCGGGGUCUCCAGGCCAGGAAGCGAUACCUCCGGCGGAGGUCAGCUCUGGGACAGCUGAACACCAUCCUCCUAGUGGCUCAGCCCCUGCUCCGGAGACGACAGAAGCUACAGUGUUCCCGUGGCCCGCAGAGUGGGGAGCCCCGGGGGAAAGUGUCAAGUAUGGACCCGGGGCGCUUGGAGAUCCCAGCCCAGCUGGCUGCUCUGCUGGAGAGAGCAGAAGGCCACCAGGCCAGACUGACUGGGAGCAUCACAGAGUCCCUACCACCUGAGGUUCCUGUCCGGCCCAGCUUGACUCUUCCUCCAGACAUUGACCAGUUUCCCUUCUCCAGUUUCGUGUCCACCAGCUUCCAGAAGCCGUUUCUGCCCAGACCAGGGCAGCCACUGGCCGAGCCCCUGACGCGGUUGGAUGGCGAGAACCCUCAGCAGGCUCUGGAGAUCAAUCGGGUGAUGCUGCGGCUCCUGGGGGAGGGGUCCCUGCAGUCCUGGCAAGAACAAACCAUGGGCACAUACCUGGUGCAGCGGGCACAGCGCCGCCCAGGACUUAGAGAUGAGCUCUUCAGCCAGUUGGUGGCCCAGCUGUGGCACAACCCGGAUGAACAGCAGACUCAGCGAGGCUGGGCCCUAAUGGCAAUCCUGCUCGGCUCCUUCCCCCCUACACCAGCCCUGGAGAAGCCAUUGCUCAAAUUUGUGUCUGACCAGGCCCCCAGUGGCAUGGCAGCCCUGUGCCAGCACAAGCUGUUAGGUGCCCUGGAGCAGACACCGCUGGCUCCCAUGGCUGCACGGUCCCACCCACCCACACAGCUUGAGUGGAAGGCUGGAUUGCGACGGGGCCGUAUGGCGCUGGAUGUGUUCACAUUCAACGAAGAAAGCUAUUCCGCCGAAGUGGAAUCCUGGACCACGGGAGAGCAGCUUGCAGGGUGGAUCCUACAGAGCAGAGGCCUGGAGGCGCCCCCUCGUGGUUGGUCUGUGUCACUGCAUUCUGGGGAUGCUUGGCAAGACUUGCUGGGCUGUGACUUCGUGUUGGACCUGAUAGGCCAGACGGAGGACUUGGGAGACUCAGCCGGUCCCUACCCCAUCACUCCUCUUGGUUUAGCUGAGAACAUCCCUCCAGCCCCCGGUGUCCAGGCUCCUUCCCUGCCCCCAGGACUCCCUCCAGGUCCAGCCCCAACUCUGCCCAGCAGCCGCUCUCCAGGUGAGGCCAGUAGGCCCGGGAACCUGGAUGGUUUCUUGGACCACCUCUUCGAGCCAGUCCUCACCCCAGGCGUUAGUGAUUUGGAACAAGGCUGGGCCCUGAGCAGACGCAUGAAGGGAGGGGGCUCUAUUGGGCCCACCCAGCAGGGCUACCCCAUGGUGUACCCAGGUAUGGUGCAGGCACCCAGCUACCAGCCAGCUAUGAUACCUGCGCCUAUCCCCAUGAUGCAAGCCAUGGGCACAGUCCCAACCGUGCCAGCCAUGAUGGUCCCACCCCAGCCACAGCCUCUGAUGCCCAGUUUGGACUCAAGGCAGCUGGCAGAACAGCAGCAAAACUUCAUUCGCCAGCAGGCGAUGAUUCUGGCCCAGCAGAUGACUGCCCAGGCCAUGAGCCUGUCCCUGGAGCAGCAGAACCAGAGGCGCCAGCACCAAGCUCAGGCCUCUGGGGCCGCCUCCCAGGCUCCACCCUCAACCAUUGCUCCCAAGGCCAAGAAGCCUCCUGCACCCCAAGAGAAGCCCGCGAAUGAUCCAGAACCUUUGGAUGUUUCCUUUAGAGACGCUCCAGAGGAGGCUGAAAUCAGGCCUCAGCGCCCCAAGAGCUUUCAGCAGAAACGGGACUACUUCCAGAAGAUGGGCCAAGAGCCGAUCAAGGUGAAGACGGUGAAGCCUCCAGCCAAGGUUCAGAUCCCCCAGGAGGAGACAGAGGAGGACGAGGAGGAAACAGCGCGUAGGUGUUGGGCUGCAGCUCCGGUGUCCCCUCCUCCUCCUCCUCCCCCAGUUGUGAAGAAGCCGCUGAAACAAAGUAGGACCAAAACUGGAAAGGAGGAUGAGGUGGAACCCGCACAGAAGGAAGAACCGACACGGGACGGGGCUCCCAAAGUGCAGAGCUCCAACUCCACCCCUCAGCGCCCGCAACCCAGCAGGUCUCCUCCCACGGUGAAGAGCUCCGAUUCCACCCCUCAGCGCCCGCAACCCAGCCGGGAAAUCCGCAACAUCAUCCGCAUGUACCAGAGCCGCCCAGGGCCUGUGCCUGUGCCUGUCCAACCCACCAGGCCCUUUAAAACUUUUCAGAAGAAAAACGACCCUAAGGAUGAGGCUUUGGCUAAGUUAGGAAUAAAUGGUGCCAGCUCGCCCCCAUUGAUGUCGCCUACCCACGGGAAGAGCUCCCCACCAGCUGUGGCUCCUAGACCCAAGGCUCGACCACGCCUUGAACCCUCCACGUCCAUCCGGGAAAAGCAGGGACCCCUUCGGGAUUUGUUUGGCCCAUGUAGCCCAAACCCACCUACAGCGCCAGCACCCCCGCCUCCACUCCCACCCCCACUGUCUCUGCCUGGGGAGCCCAAGAGCCCCUUAGUCGAGUCUCGUGCCUUGACAGAGCCCAUGGAGGACAGGGGCAUCUCCACGAAGCUCCUUGUGCCCUCUGGAAGCGUGUGCUUCUCUUACGCCAAUGCACCCUGGAAGUUGUUCUUACGAAAGGAGGUGUUCUACCCUCGGGAGAACUUCAGCCACCCCUACUGCCUCAAUCUGCUCUGCCAGCAGAUCCUGCGGGACACCUUCACAGAGUCCUGCACCCGGAUCUCACAGGACGAGCGGCACAAAAUGAAAGGCCUGCUGGGAGACUUGGAGGUGGGCCUGGACUCCCUUGACGUUGCUGAAGACAGCAUCAAAAAACGCAUUGUGGUUGCUGCUCGGGACAACUGGGCCAAUUACUUCUCACGCAUCUUCCCUGUCUCGGGUGAGAGUGGCAGUGACGUACAGCUGCUGGGCGUGUCUCACCGGGGACUGAGGCUGCUGAAGGUGACCCAAGACCCCAACUUCCACCUGGACCAGCUGAAGACACUCUGCUCCUACAGCUAUGCCGAGGUGUUGGCUGUGCAGUGUAGGAGCACCUCUACCCUGGAGCUGUCACUGAAGAGUGAGCAGCUGAUCCUGCACACGACCUGGGCGAGGACCAUCAAGGCCAUGGUGGAACAGUUCCUGAGUGAGCUCAAGAAGGACUCUGGUUACGUCAUCGCCCUGCGCAGCUACAUCACCGAUGACAACAGUCUCCUCAGUUUCCACCGUGGGGACCUCAUUAGGCUGCUGCCGGUGGCCGCUCUGGAACCAGGCUGGCAGUUCGGCUCUGCCGGGGGCCGCUCCGGACUCUUUCCUGCUGACAUGGUGCAGCCAGCUGCUGCCCCCGACCUCUCCUUCUCGCUGGGAAAGAGAAACAGCUGGCAGCGCAAGAGUAACAGAGUAACAGGGCCGGCUCAGGAGCGCCCCACCCAUCUCAGGAAACAAGAGCCCAGCGAAGCCUCGGAGGCCACCUCCGUUAUGACCUACAGCUCUCUGUCUGCUGACUCCCACAACUACACCAUGCGGGAAUUUGCCCUGCGCUACUUCAGGAAGCCUCAUACCUGGUUGACCCAGAUGAGCGCAGGCACCAAGGAGACCACGGUAGUCAGCCUGAUCCAGUACACUAAGGACCCCAUCCAGGAAUCCCUUACCAUCUUCUGCAACGAGGACACAAACACUAAGGCUGUGGCUGGCUUCAAGGCUCUGAUGCAGUUUAUGGGGGACCAGCCUAAGCCCCGGGGUAAGGAUGAGCUGGCUCUGCUCUAUGAGUUGCUGAAGCUGUGCCAAGAGGACCUCCGGGACGAGAUGUACUGCCAGGUCAUCAAGCAGGUCACAGGACACCCCCAGCCGAAGCACUGUGCUCUGGGCUGGAGCAUCCUCAGCCUCUUCACUGGCUUCUUUGCGCCGUCCACCACUCUGAUGCCCUAUGUGACCAAGUUCCUGCAGGAUUCCAGCCCCAGCCAAGAGCUGGCCCAGAGCAGCCAGGAGAACCUCCAGCGCACGGUUAAAUAUGGGGGGCGUCAGCAGCUGCCGUUACCUGGUGAAAUGCAUGCUUUUCUGAAAGGGCAAGCAUCUCGUUUGCUUCUGAUUCACCUGCCUGGGGGUGUGGACUACAGGACAAACACACAGACUUUCACGGUGGCAGGGGAAGUGCUAGAGGAACUGUGUGGACAGAUGGGCAUCACGGACUUGGAGGAAGUGCAGGAAUUUGCCCUCUUCAUCAUUAAAGGGGAAGGUGAGCUGGUUCGGCCACUGUCGACCCCUGAGUACAUCAACAAUGUGAUGAAAGACCAGGACAUAAGCCUGCACAGCCGGAGGCUUGGCUGGGAGACGCCACUGCACUUUGAUAACACCACCUACAUCGAAACCCACUAUGGCCAGGUGCUACGGGACUACCUGCAAGGGAAGCUGAUAAUCAGUGCCCAGGCCGAGGCUCAGCUCGCACAGCUCGCUGCCUUUCAGCACCUCAGCAAGGCCAGCACCGGUCCUCCAUCAGAGCCAGAGCUGCUGUCUUAUAUCCCCAAGCCACUGCAAGGGCAGGUGAACACAGCCAGCAUAAAGAGCUUGGUGACCCAGGAGCUGAGGCAGAUGCAAGGGUACAACGAGCCGAAGGCACAGAUCGGCUUCAUCGAGACCACGACCCAGCUGCCCCUCUUUGGCCACACUGUGUAUGUGGUGCUGAGGGUCAGUAAGCUGGCCCUCCCUGGCCCAGUCCUCCUGGGGCUCAACCGACAACACCUUGUGCUCAUGGACCCCAGCUCUGAGAAACUCUGCUGCUCCAUCGCACUGAAGGACCUCCAGCGACUCCAUCUGAUGAGCCCACUGGAGGAGGAUGGGCCCCCUGGCCUGGAACUCAAUUACGGCUCUGCUGACAACCCCCAGACCAUCUGGUUGGAGCUGCCACAGGCCCAGGAGUUGCAGCACACCAUCAUCUUCCUGCUGGGCAGCGUGUCCACUCAGUGGCCAGGCCUCUGAGGAGAGUCGAGAAGAGGCAGCAGCCUCUCACUGGGCAGUCUGCCUUGGUCCUGCUCUGAAACUGCAGCACAGCCCCAAAUGGAGGCCAUGAGGCAGGGGCUGUGACUUCACCUGGGGGAGUAAGCAGACACUUUCCCUGAGGUGGGCUGAAGAACUGGGUGUGGGCAUCUGAUCCAGGAUGGGCAAAGCAUUCAUGAAGCUCUACAUGAAGCAGCACAAGUAAAACUCCCAAGAAAAGGACUGACUGUGUGUGAGCAUGUGUCUCUACAAAACUCCCAAGAAAAGGACUGACUGUGUGCAAGCAUGUGUCUCCACAAAACUCCCAAGAAAGGACUGACUGUGUGCGAGCAUGUGUCUCCACAAAACUCCCAAGAAAGGACUGACUGUGUGUAAGCAUGUGUCUCCACAAAACUCCCAAGAAAAGGACUGACUGUGUGCAAGCAUGUGUCUCCACAAAACUCCCAAGAAAAGGAC